AUGGAGCACGCGUAUCUUGGAUUUACCUUUGAUUCAGUACUUGGGCUCCACGCAACAAGAGCAAAGUCUGUACAAGUUCUGAAGAAAUCUGGACUCAUUUUGUCCGCUCAAGCAGAUAAAUUAGUUGCAUAUUCCACAAAUCUUUCUCAAAUUAAGCAAGAAUUCAAUCCUCCAGCUAAAUUCAAAGAACAGCACGAAACCAUACAAAUAAAUGAUGUCGUUGUCUCGCCAAAUGAAGAAUUAAUCGCUGUUGGCUACUCAAAUGCUGAAAUUUCCGUCUUCAACGUUGAAGGUGAAGAAGUAAAUCACUUCACUGGCCACAGAAGACCAAUUACUUGCUUGGCUUUUAAUUCUGAUUCAAAUUUACUUGCUUCUGGUUCACAAGAUAAUGAUAUUGUUAUUUGGGAUGUAAUCGGUGACUGUGGUAUUUGCCGCUUUUCAGGUCAUCAAAAUGCUAUUACAGAUAUGUGUUUCAUUCCUGAGACACCAUGGCUCAUCUCAGCUUCAAAGGAUACUCAUAUCCGUGUAUGGGACUUAGACAUUAAUUUUUGCAUACAAACAGUUACUGUUGCCGCUUCAGAAUUAUAUGCUUUAUGUUUGAUUAGUCCAAUCAAGCUUGUAGCAGCUGGAAAAUCAUCGGAUUUCUUUUCUUUCAUUAUAUCUAAUCCGGAAGAAGUCGAUACAAAGAAUACAAUCGUUCUUACACAGGAUGUUCAAAUUAACAGAGACACAAAGCACAGAGUGCAAGACAUCGCGCUUGCUCCCGAUGGAAAAUCAAUGGCUUUCGUUACUUCAGGCGAAAAUAUCGAUGUUUGGUCGAUAUUAUCCGAAGAAGAGAUGGAAAAGAAGAGAAAACGCCGUGCAAAGCGAGCACAAAAGUCUGGAGGCCAAGCAACAGAAGUUCUCCAGUUCGAAAAGGAACAGACAAUUACUUUGCCCGCUAGAUUGUGUAACGCAGAAUUUCUGGGCAAAUUAAUCGUCGCUACCCUCGCCGAUAACUCGAUUGUUGUUUUAGAAAAUGUCCAAAAGGAAGGGGAAGAACAGGCCACCUUCCAGAUAAAGCAUCAGACAAAGGGACAUAAUAACGAUAUCAGAGGUUUGGCUUUCUUUGGAGAAAGCGAAGACGAAAUUGAUAAAAUUGUCUCAGCAUCUGAAGGAAGUGUUAGAAUCUGGGACUUAGAAAGCAAGCAAUGCAUCCAAACAAUCGCGUGUGGCACGAUUUCAUCCAUCGCAGUACUUCCUGGCGGAAGAUUUUUCAUUUUAGGUACAAAAGAAGGUAAUAUCGAGAUGUGUGAUUCAUCACAAGGCCAAGUAUACUCUACGAACAAAUGCCAUGAUGGCAGAAUCUGGCAAAUCAUCGUUGCUCCAGGUUGUACCGAAGUUGCAACAUGUUCCAGCGACAAAGAGAUCAAGUUCUGGAACAUCGGCUUCAAGAACGAGCAGCCAGUCCUCUUACAUAAGCGAACACUUAAAUUACCAGAUGAAUGUUACUCAAUUUGCUAUUCUCCAGACUCCAAAUACAUCGCAUGCGCAUUACUCGAUUCUACAGUUAGAGUUUUCGAAGUCGAAACCCUAUCAUUCCACUUGAGUCUCUACGGAUCUCAUCUUCCUGUCACUUUUGUCGAUUAUUCCUACGACAAUGAGUUAAUUGUCACUGCCAGCGCCGACAAGAACCUUAGAAUCUGGGGCACAGAGUUUGGCGACUGCCACAGAUCUCUCUGGGCUCACGAGAACGUUGUUGUCUGUUCAAAAUUCAUUCCGAAGACACAUUACGCGUGGACAUGCGGCAGAGACGGUGUUCUCAAGAUGUGGGACUGCGACACGUUCAGAUGCGUUCAGACAUUGAGGAGCCACAUCGGAGAGAUCUACGCGAUGGAUGUUUCUCCAAACGGCUCUUAUGUUGUGACAGGCGGAAGAGAUAAAGGUAUCAGACUUUGGAAGAGGACAACAGAAAAGAUUUAUCUCUCCAUUGAAGAAGAAAAACGCUUGGAACAACAGAUAGAGACACAAAACGCCGAAAAGAAUGAUAGAACAAUACAAGCAUUGAGAGGUUCUAUUUUCGGAGGCGCUGUUGUUGAUACACCAGGAAGAAUGACUGUAGAAUCAAUCGAACAUGGAGAUAGACUGAGAGAUGACAUCGCUGCUGCAAACAAAGAAAAAGAAAAUCCAGGAGAAAACCCGUUGAUGAGAAAUGUUUCGCCAAAGGAUUAUCUUCUCAAUUCAAUGCGUAAAAUCAAUAGAGCGGACAUGGAUGUUGUAAUGCAGAGUUUGCCAUUCUCCUCCGCUGUUUCAUUCCUUCAAUGGUCGAGCGAAUGGUUGGAGGAAGGAAAGGAAAUAGAGUUGACUGUCAGAUGCAUAAAUUCUUUGAUCAAAUUCCACGAAAGACAAAUGGAAAGUUCCCCAGAAAUUAAGGACAUUUUUGUCAAAAUAAGGGAUUUGGUACAUGGAAAAGUGAAUGAAAUGAGAAGUAGAUGCGGUUCUAAUCUUGCUGCUUUGAAGAUCAUCCAAAAAGAAAUACAAAGACCAUUUUAA